GGACUUCUUUCAUAUGCGACAGAAUCAAAAUGUCGCGUACAAAAUUUCUUUCUUCCACGUUGAAUUUAUUACUGACUGGACAGAGAAAAAUGCAAUCUUCCCACCGUCCCUGCAAUCUCCUAUGCCCGGUGGCGCCAUAUGCGGCCGCCGCACCCCGUCUUCAACAGCGGCCGCCGCAUCUUCUCGGAACCAAGCGCCUCCUCUCCCCUCCGCGCCGCCACUCUGAAGCCCGCCUUCUAUCCGGCAUGACCCCAAUGGCCACAUCCUCCUCCCCCACCGCGAACCCCCAGCCAUUCAAGUUGAUCCUGGGGUCUUCGUCAGUGGCCAGGAAGAACAUCCUGAACGAGAUGGGGUUCGAGUUCCAAGUCAUGACCGCGGACAUCGACGAGAGGAGCAUAAGAAGGGAGGAUCCGGAUGAGCUAGUCAUGCUUCUUGCGGAGGCCAAGGCUGAUGCUAUCAUGUCUAGAAUGAACAUUUCCGAUUACCAGAAGGAAGGCGACCAACCAACACUCCUGAUCACCUCUGACAUAGUAUGUGUCAGUUACCUAUGUGCUACUGGUUUAUACAGAACUUGGAUGGUGGUUGUCCAUGAAGGGAUUAUUAGAGAAAAGCCAAGCAGCAAAGAAGAAGCACGCCAAUUCCUGAAAGGUUAUUCUGGUGCGCAUGUGUCAACUGUGGGUGGUGUGGUUGUAACUAAUCUUACAACUGGCAAGAAGCUUGGCAGUUUAGACAAAGCUGAGGUGUACUUCCAUGACAUACCAGAUGAGAUAAUUGAGAACCUGAUCGAUGAGGGGGUAGUAUUUAGGGUUGCGGGCGGCCUGCUGCUAGAACAUCCAUUGGUGUUGCCGCUUGUUGAAGCAGUGGUUGGUUCUAGUGACAGUGUAAUGGGGCUAUCAAAGGAUCUGGCAAACAAACUCAUUCACGAGGCAUUGUUGGCAUAGCCUAGCAGUUUGGGUGUGAUCGCCAUCGAUCGAAUCCUUACUGCACUGCAUGAAGGUAAUGCGAUGGCGAAAACCUGUCGAAACAUGGUGAUUGUUAUCGUUUGAAUUAUAUGAAGAAUUUCAGGCACCAUGGCACGAAGAUUCAUUGAGUGUGCAAGAACACUUCAGAACUGAUGCCUGCUAUUGUGAUCACUGAUGAGAUGUCACCUACAAUCCUCCUGUGGAAACAUCCUGAAUGUUGUUCUCACAUAAGGUGAAUUUGUAUGAUACGUGAAAUUGUUAUUUUCUCUUCUGGAGUACAUUGUUAUACAGAUGCAAUGACACCGCCUUCUUGUUUGCAAUGGCUACAUGAAGUGGCGAUUGGCCUAUUCCAGUUUACA